GUCACUCUUGCCACACUUCUAGUUUCCGUCAGCCCAGGUUUCCCCACUGGUGCUGAAGUUUUCCUCUCCCUCAUCGCCAGACUCAUCAACCGGAAUUUGCACGGCUGCAUUUCUGCUGCGGAUCCGUGGCCCUGAGUGAGCUGCUGUCUCCAAUGCGACAUCAACCGCCAUCCAUGAGCCCCACCUGAGUUUGAGACCCCUUUCCCACCGCUGGAUUUACUUUUAUGUUUACAUUUUGGAAUCUCAUCUACAAACAAAAUGUUUGGGGCAGUUGGAUUUAUUCUGCUUUGCACUAUUGCUUCACAGGCAGCUGGUAUAAAAGGCUCACGUGGCGGUGUCUCCCUAGACCCCGGGUUAAAGUUGAAGACCGCAGGGUCGACCCGCCUGUCAGAUCUCCUAAAGAUGUCAGCGCACCAUGAAGGUUCAGGUUCAGAACUCAUCCGACGUCGACCCAAGCGGUCUGUGUUUUUACACUCCGGAGUGAGGAUCUGCCCUCAGGAAGGUUUGGAGGAAAUUCUUGCCAGCCACCAGGCUUACUAUCAACUUCGAGUGUGUCAGGAGGCUGUGUGGGAGGCGUUCAGGAUCUUUUUUGACAGAAUCCCUGGCACCUCCGAGUACCAGAGAUGGGUUCACGCCUGUCAGCAGGAGUCACUCUGCAUCUCUGACCUCGCCAAAAACUUUAGCGCUUCCGAAGAGCACAACAGCAUGAUUCGAAGUAGGAUCAACCGUCUCAGAAACAGAAAGCCUCCAUCACAAGUUGUGGUGACUCCCCCAACAACCCAAAGUUUCCCUCAAACCACAGGUCUGCCGACCCAGCCCACGGCCCUGACAGCAGCACCGGAAUUUGUCACCAUUAGGGACACACCCUCUUUCAUUCCAAGCCCUGCCCUUAACCACACCCAGUCUACUGCGGUGCUCCAAGAGGACACUGAGCUUCCCAACGUGGUCCCUGAGAGUCCGCCGGAACAUAUUGUGGAGUUCAGCAUUGAUCUGGUGGAUCCGGGCUACAGGGAGCUCCUGGAUGACCCAGACUCGCCUCAGUACAUUGACCUGGCUCAGCAUCUGCAGGACCAGAUGCUGCAUGUUUUCGACAAACUUCCUGGGUUCAAGGCAAUCAGUGUUGUAGGAAUUAGCGAGACACAGGACUCAGAUGGGCCGGGAGGAAUCUCUGUACAUUAUUCUCUUAUAUUUGAGAACAAUUCCCCUCGAAUAACCUUGGAGAUGAAUACGGGUACACCAGAGUCCUCAGCUGAUUCUUUACUCAGGGAAAUAGUGACUAAGGCUUUGCGUGAAGAGGCAUCUCUACCGGUCAACCUGGACUCACUGAACUUCUAUCCAGAAGAAACCCUGCCAUCACUGACCAUCUCCGCUGUUAAACCAACCAAGCCUAGUGACUCCCAUAAUGAGCUUGAAGUUGUGGUUGACGAGCCACAGACAGAAAAGCCUCAGCUGCUGGUUCCACUUACCACCAAGGAGAAAGGAAGCGAUCUUGUGACUUUGCUGGAUUCCACAGCUGUUGAGUAUGAAGAGACAGCAAGUCAAAGUAGUUGGCCGACAACAAGCAGCAAACUCCGCCCUCCUACCAUCGACACCCAGGAUGAGUACAGGGUAAUUUCUGUCGGUGAUCCCAAGCCACCAGGUCAAGAACGAGAGGAAGACGAAUUGCUCAUCAUUACACAUGAGAUUGAAACCAUUCAUCACAAUGAAACUGGUGAACUUGUACGUGACUACAUUCCAACCUCUCCUGCAAUUCUUGAAUUGCAGACAGAUGCUCCAUUUGUCACUCUGUCUCCUAACCUGAUAUUAGAGGAAGACCUGCAUCUUCCUGAUAAAGAAGGAGAUAGUCUAAGUUUGGAUAUUGAUCAGUUUGCCACUACAAUUUCGGCAACCACAACUACACUUCAACAGGAACCGAUUGAUGCCAUCUUCACAGGCCAGACACCCACACAGCCAAUUGCAACCCUCAAGGAGGAUGAAAACAUUAACUUGCUUCCAAAUGGAGAGAAGAUAUAUUUAGAAGUUCCAGAGCUGUAUAAACCUAGUGAUGUUUUAGAAAUUGAUUCAAAGGAUUUUACAGAUUUAGAAACCAAAUCUGAACUUGUACCAGACGAGAAGGUUGAAGUCACCACUGAUGAAUCGUUUGGGGUUUUGCAGCCAAAACUCGAUCAAACUGAAGUUCUUGAGCCACUGGAAGAUAUUGAUGCUCCACAACCUGAAAUUAAGAGCAGUGAGCCAGAUGAAGGAUUAGUUGAAGUCUUAGAACCAAGUAAAGACAGAGAGGAAGUUUUACAACCAGUAAAUGUAACUGGAAUUUCAAAACUAGACAAAGAGGAGAAAAUGUCAGAAGCUGAGAAAGACGCAAAGGAAGCUUCAGACAAAGAUUUAUCUGAGAUAUCUGGUAUAAAAACUGAGUCAGACAAGGAGGAAGAAAGUGAAAUAACUCAGCCUUUAGUACCAGAUAAAGAAAUUGUUCAAGUUUCUGAGUCUGAGAAGGAAUCGACUGUGGUCUUAGAAGCAGAUAAAGGAGCUCAGGAAAUCUUAGGACAAGAAGGAAGGGAAAAGGAUCUUGAUAUUUCAGAACAAGUUGUAGAUUUUGAGGAAGAAAAAAUGGAUACAAAGACAUCACUGAAUGACACGUUACAUGACAUUUUCCUCAAAGGUGCAGAGAAAGAAGGAACUGUUGAAUUAACAGCAGAAGAAGAAGAAACAGUUCAAGAGAGUGUUAUAGAGAUAACAAUUCCAGACGUUACGGAGAGUUCAAAAGCAGGUCCAGUGCCUGAAACGUCUACAAAAACUACAGAUAGAGUUUUAGAAGUCUUGCUACCUGAAGUUUCUCAAGAAACACCACUUGAAGUGUCUGUGCAUGAAGUGCCUGAAGUCUCUCAUGAAGUGGUUCUUGAAGAACCAACACCUGGCAUUUCUGAGGAAAACCCACCUGAGGUUCCGGAUGAAAUGCUACUAGAAGUUUCUAAAGAUUUAUCACCUGAGGUUUCUAAUGAAACACUUCCUAAAGUUUCUGAAGAAACAUUACUUGAAGUUCCUGAAGUGCCUGAAGAAAUGGUACCUGAGGAUUUAGAAGAAACUGGAGUUGAAUCAGCAGGGAUGGGACCAGAACCAGGUGGAAUUACAGAUGAGGGACUUUCUGAGGUGGAAGAACCUGUGCCAGAGGUUUAUGACUAUGGCACUAAAGCAAUCGAGGACACGUCUCAACCUUCAAAAGAGGACGAUGGCUUUACAGUUCCAGCCCCAGUGGAGAAAGUUUUUGAAACAGUGACAGACAUGAAAUCAAAACCAGAGUCUAAGCUAGGACAGGAAAGGGAUGAAACCAAGGAGAAAAAAGAAGGGAUCCCUGGAACAAGGGAAGAGGAGGACGAGUUUAUGUUUGUUCCCUCACCAGAACCUAAGAAGGAAUUAGAAGCACCUCAGGUGCCUGCAGUUCAACCUCCACAAGUGAAAACACCUGUGGAUCUUAAACCAGAUGAGGAGCUUGGGGAACCUUUAGAGCCACCAAUUCCAGCAUCAGAUAGUCUAAAGCCAAAUUCAGAACUUGAUCCAGACAAAGACAGAGUUGACAUCUUACCAACACUGAGAGAGUUACCUGUAGAGCCUGAAGCAGAAUCCAAAGAAGGUCUAGUUGUUGAAAUCUUAGAGGGAGCUGAUGUUUCAAAGACCCUCCCGGAUGAUGGCAAUGUUGGGAUUGUUGAAACAGGACCCAAACAGGACAUUACUGAGCCACCUGCAGAAUCAAUCAAAAUCUUUCACACUUUAGAUAACUUGGAGGAUCCUCUAAUGGGCAGAGAUUCUGUUCAAGUUAUCAAAGAUCCACUCACACAUCCAGCAAAGGAGGAGGAUAACAUACCCAUCAUAGCGCAUGACCCAUUGUCUGAGGAAAGAAUAGAGGCGCCUGACUUUGAGUAUCCAAUCGUUUACACCAAGGAGGAGGAGGAUGGCGAAAAAAUCCAGGUGGAGAGUGACCGCAGUGCCUUUACGACAGCAAAAACAACCAAGAGUGAUGACUUUGAAGCAACUACAAGCACAGUUUCAGAAAAAAAGGACACAGGAGGAUUACCAAGGGAGAUGGAAACAGAUGAAGACAUUAGUCUGGCAGCUACAAGAGCUCCAGAAACCCCCCUCACAGCGCCUGCUGGUGCAUCCAAAGGGCAGCUUUCAGGGCCAACUGUAGACCCUGGACUCUUUGAGGUAGCAGAGAAAUCCACACAUUCUAUGGACGUGUUCACAGGAGGGGAUGAAACUGAGCCAAAGGUUGAGGUGGAGCAACAUGAGCCACUUACCAUCACUUUUAGUGAAGUCUUUGAAGAGCCAAGGGAAGAACUAACAGAGAGCCACUCCAGCCCACCAGAUAGUGUGGAUGUAGAGGUUGAUGAACCAAUUUGGCUUCUUUCGGAGGAACUGGACCAUAGAAGCCAGCCAGGUUUGGACGCAAACGAGCUGUGGGAUAUGGGAAGUGGUUUCACUCUAGGAGGGGAGGAACGCAGCACAUCCCCACCUCCUGUGAAGUAUAUUACCACACCCUCAAUGACCACCGCCAGCCACGGUCGGGAACUUGUGGUGUUCUUCAGUCUGCGUGUCACCAACCUGGACUUUUCUGAAGACCUCUUCAACAAGACGUCAUCCGAGUACAAAUCCCUGGAAACCACUUUCCUGGAUGUACUGCUGCCGUACUUGCAGGCAAAUCUAACUGGCUUCAAGAAAUUGGAGAUUCUCAACUUCAGGAAGGGCAGCGUUGUUGUCAACAGCAAGAUGAAAUUCACCAAGUCUGUGCCGUACAACAUCACAGAGGCUGUCCACUGUGUGCUCCAGGACUUUUGCUUGUCCGCUGCCAGGAAACUGCACAUCCAGAUAGACACCCGCUCCUUGGACAUAGAACCGGCUGAUGAAGCUGAUCCCUGCAAGUUCCUUGCCUGCGACGAGUUUUCUCGCUGCACAGUCAACCGGCGGACGAAGGAGGCAGAGUGUCACUGCCAGCCGGGCUUUCUGUCGGUGGACGGCCUACCCUGCCAGAGCGUGUGUGUCCUCCAACCGGACUACUGCAGAGAUGGAGAGUGUGAAAUAGUCCCAGGACAAGGAGCCUUGUGCAGACACAAAGGAGGCUUAACAUAUCCUGGCCUGGCCUUUUAAGAAAUGAUUCUGGAUGGGACCGCACCUGAGAGCACAAUAAAAGACUCUGAAAUGGAACGUGGACAAAGAAAGUCAAGAUCUUCAAAGGCUUCACUCACCGAAAGACCAAGAAAAAAAUCUGGGAUUGGUGGAACGGAGGCAGUUUAUGAAAAAAAAAAAAGAAAAAAAAGAAAAUACGUUUGUUUUGAAACUUUUUAGACUUCAUACCAGAGGACAGACUUUCCAUCUGGAGAAACUGCCAGCGUCUGCAGCUAAUGACUGGGAUGCAUCAAUCAGGUUUCUAUUCAUCGACUCUGGACUGUUUUGUACAGUUUUGCUGAUUGUGUGUUUGUAGAAAACAGUGUAUGUACUAUGUCAGAAAAAGUUGAAUAGGCCUCUUAAAUGUGGAAGAGAAACACCUUUCAUUAGGAGUUUUUUUUUGUAAAUGGCCUCCCAAAUUAUAAGAAAAUCUUAUGGUUUCAUUUUUUUUUCUUUCGAAAUCAGAACCGCUUUUAUUUUAUGGGUAUUUAUGAAAAUUUCAAUCGUUUCUUGCCAUCCUUUGGUAUUCAGACACACAAAAAAAACAGUGGAUUUAAAAUUCCUGUUUGUCUUUAAACUGCAACCGUUUUUCUUCUCUGAUGUGGCUGUUCCUCCUAUCAAAGUGUGCUCUAUGUUCAGCUCUGAAGUGAUCUGUCCCAUACCACUACCCUACCUCUCCUGUGUUUUGCUUGUUAGCUUCCGUUUGUCCAGCGUCUCUGCAGCUCCACAGAUCAAUGUGCAUCCCUGCCUCCACCUCAUGGCAGAAGGCAGAGACAGGCGCUCUUCGAUGUGCUGUCCAACACCGUGCGACCGCUACGACACUUUACAUUCUCACUCUGCUAUGCAACACUUGUUUUCAUUUAAGGCUGACCAUGAACUGUUUCUCCUGUCUGAAAUUUCUUCAG